CCUUCAUCGCUAGGCAGUGAACACCAUGCGCGUUUCAAUGCUUUUCCCCAUAAGUCUCUUUUUCUGGAUCCAAGAUGCCAGAGGGGACGUUGUGGUGCUGACUCAGUCUCCAGAAUCACUCUCCUUAUCCAUUGGAGAUACGGCUACAAUUAAAUGCCAGACUGUUCUCAAGAUCGAUGACGAUAUCAACUGGUACCAGCAGAAACCAGGACAACCCCCAAAACUCCUCAUCGCCGAAGAGCAUAAGCGCCAAAGUGGGGUUUCAGAUCGGUUUAGCAGCAGUGGCUACGAUACAGAUUUCACCUUCACCAUUAGUAACUUCGAAGCAGAUGAUGCUGGAGACUAUUACUGUCAGCAAAGCGACCGCGUUCCUCUGCACAGUGAUUCGAAGCAAUACAUAAACCUUCCUCAGAGGUAUCUGGGAGUCCAGAGGAAAAGUUUCAUAAACGGCACCAUCAUGUUACAGAUUUGUUUCAUUUGGCUCAUCUUGAGUUUCUUUGAGGGAUCCAGGGGACAGAUUGUCAUCACUCAGACACCAGCUUCCAUACAGGCAAGUCCUGGAGACAGAGUGACCAUCCUGUGCAAAGCUUCUUCUUCCAUGAGUAAUGACAUGUCCUUAUAUCAGUUUAAACCCGGACAGAAACCCAAGCUAAUUAUUUAUUAUGCUACGAGCCGUUUUGAAGGGACCCCGGAUCGCUUCAGUGGUACCUACAGUAACACUGACUUCUCGUUCACCAUCAGCGGUGUCCAUGCCGAGGACGAAGCAGAUUAUUACUGUGGCCAAGACUACAGCUUUCCUCUCACUUUUGGUGCCGGGACCAAGCUAGAAAUUAAGCGCGGACAAGACGCCACGCCGUCGGCGUUCAUUUUCCCGCCCUCUAAGGAGCAACUAAAAACGGAUUCAGCCACCUCCGUGUGCCUGGUCAACACGUUCUACCCGAGCAACCUGAACGUGGUCUGGAAAGUGGAUGGCACUACCGUCAGUGAGGGCGUCCAAACCAGCCCCCCAUCGUCUGAUACAGAUAACACCUAUAAGCUGAGCAGCACGCUGACGCUCCCGACAUCAGAUUUCAACGCCCACGAAUUAUACAGCUGUGAAGUGACACACAAAAUGUUGUCCAGCCCUCUUGUGAAGAGUUUUAGGAGGUCUGAGUGUUCCGGAUAGGGCCCCCCCCUAUAGAGCAGGUUCUUCUUUAUAGUCACCCCCCUGCACCAAGUUUACCAUCCAUAUCAGAAAUCCCCCUAGUAUUAUGACUGAAGGAAAGAAAUCUUACAUAUCUCGUCUUGCAUGUCCUUUCUCUGUGGUCUGUAACUUCUUCCAUGUCCUUUUAAAUCUUACUUGUAUCACGUUAACCUUGGGAAAGAAUAUAAAUGCAUAAAUAAACUCAUUCUCUUGAAAAGCA